CCCCGCGGCAGAAUACUAAAGAUGAGUGCAGCGAUUUGCUAGCAAUAAGCCAGCGACAACAACAACUCAGCGCAUUUAGCAGCACUGUUACAAUUAAACAAGAAGCCAGUGAAUAAUGUGGGCACAUUGGCGGUGUGAAGAUGACUUUCCUCCGGGGGUUCGGAUGCUUGGUAUCUCAGCUAAUCGGGACAGCCUUGCUAAUAACAAACGUUAGCUAGCAUGCAGGGGACGAAGACACUUGAGAUCAAAACUAAGUGAAUCAACAGAAUAUCUACCAGCUCCUGAGGGCUGAGAGAGCAGAGUAAUCAUGUAUCAGAGCCCCACCAAUGUCAUGAAGUCUAACAGUAAUGACAGCAGCAUCACAGAGCUGCUGGGCGCCCUGUGUGACUGCGGCCUGACUGGAGUGUCCUGGAAACGCCGUGCCCUGGGAGGAGUCUCCAGAGAGAGUUUUCGCAGAGCUCUCAAAAAGCGUGCCUAUGGUGCCCUGUUGUCUAAGCUCUUUCAGGAUGGCACCAAAGGGUCUGCCUCAGGACCGACUGCCACAGCUACUGCACCGCCGAGAAACAAAGUCCUGAUGAUAAGCUUUGACCUGCGGGUGGCCGGGUGCAGAGAGGAGGCAGAGAGGUUAGAGGAGCAGCUGGAGAAGCUGCCAGAGGGAGCAUCCUCUGGCCUGAAGGAAGUAGAUGCAGUCCUUGAGCUCCUGGUGCACCUCGCCGGCUCAGCAUCUCCUCCUCCUACCUCUUUCAGCAAGGAUUACAUGAGACGAGAGAGGAUAGUGGUGCGGAGGCCUCAAACCUGGGACUACCAGAGUGAGGAGCUGCAGAGGCUGGAGGCCCGGGCAUGGGGUCUCGUGUGUCAGGAGGAGUGGGGCACUUUGGACAGUUUGUUUGGGAAUCAGACAUUGAUGGAUGCCCCUCCAGGCGGUGGACUGCUGGCUCUGAGGACAAAAGUAGAUGCAGAAGAAAGGUUUGAGAGGGAUACCAGGAUGACGCUGUUUGGAGCGCUGCAGCACACAAGAACCUCAGACAUAGACAUAAGACUGGAUCUGCCUCCUGUUCCCAGCAAUAUUGAUGUGACUGGGCUAGCUAUAAGGGUUCCCUCUUGCUUGGAUCAGUCAGAAGAUGAGGGCUUCCAGUCAUCUUCCAACUUGACCCCAGACUCCCAGUCCAGCCCCGUUCCAGACUUCGAUGUAUGGGAAGCUCUCCGCACAUUUGAGCCCAGGAGACGCCGCUGCUGGGAGUCUGUUGGCUGCCCACCUGGGAAAAGAGAGUCCCUCUAUCUCACAGAAGGAGGCAGGGAGGCCUUCGACCAACUCUACCGUCUGUGGGAAGGCGAGCUGAGGGUGGUCAGCACUGGUACCCCCUCCCCUCUCAUCCCCAUGCCCCUGGACUCUCAGAAACAGCUGGUCUCUGACCUCCUCAACAUUUUGAUUGGAGUGGCGUCCACGACUUUCCCUCUAAACCAGAGUGUUCAGUUUGAUGUCAGACCUGGCGUGUGCGUGUCUGGAGCCUCGGCAGAGAGUGUUUCUCGUCUCUUAGGGGAGCUGGCGCAGUACGGCACCCACUACCUGAGGCUAAGCCGCUUUUCUCUGCAGAGUGCCGACAAAAAGGGCCUCGUCUUUCAGGCUUUCACUGGUGGUUUGCGAAAGUAUCUGCAGUAUUACAGAGCCUGUGUCCUCAGCACUCCACCCACACUCAGCUUGUUAACCAUCGGCUUCGUUUUCCGCAAAGUGGGCCGCCAACUAAGGUAUCUGUCAGAGCUUUGCUGCAUGGAUGGGCCUUUGGGUGCGGGCCAGGCUACCUUCCCUGUGGGUGUGAAGCUGCUGUCCUACCUGUACAAUGAAGCUCAGAAUAACUGCAGCAACGAGAACUAUCCAGUGCUGCUGUCGCUGCUGAAGAGCAGCUGUGAACCUUACACGCGGUUUGUGACUGACUGGGUUUACAGCGGCGUGUUUCGGGAUGUUUAUGGAGAAUUCAUGAUCCAGGUCAACGAGGAGUUCUUGAGCUUUAGAGACAAACAUUUCUGGGUGCAAGGCUACACCCUGAUCUCAAAGGAUGUGGAGGAUUGUGUGCCCCUCUUUCUGAGGCACAUCGCCAACGAGGUGUAUGUCUGUGGGAAGACCAUCAACCUCCUCAAGAUCUGCUGCCCACAGCACUACCUCUGCUGGUCAGAGCUGCCGGUGCCUCGCAUCUCCGUCACCUUUUCUCUUCAGGAGGUGGAAGAGAUUGAGAGGGACUGUGCUGUGUACCGUGGACGCCUGGAGAGGAUUGCUAAGCACAGUGCCAUCAGCAGGGAGGAGCAAGCCCAGCGAGCUGAGCAGGCACGCCAGGAGCUGAUCAAUCAGGUCAGAGUGUCAGCAGCCAAAACCCUGGAGAGCAUCCGCGGGCGGCAGGUGUCACAGCGUCUGGUUGAAGAAGCCAGGAAAAGGGAGCGUUUUGAGGAGCUGAAACAGCACCUGGAGCAGGAGCAAGAGUGGCGAAGCGUUGCCAAGAAGAAGCAGGAGGAGGAUGACUUCAGCUUUGCCAGAGAGGUUAGAGACCGAGAGAAAAGACUACAAGCCCUGGAGGAGCAACUGGAGCAGAGAGCCAGGAAGGAGCUGAUUGCUCAGUACAGCCGUCUGUCAGAGGAAGCAGCUCGGAGAGAGAGACGAGCCAUGUGGCGGGUGCAGAGAAUGAGACUAGAUGAAGCCCGAGCUCAUUUCUUUGAGCACGACAGGCAGCACAUUCAGGCAGUGCUGGAGAAAUAUCCUUUAGGCCAGGAGAGACCUCCCAUGGAAGUACUACCAUCUGUUCCUCCAACACAACAGACUGCACCAGAACCAACACUGGAACCUCCCUCUCAGGAUUCAUCUGAACAACAGCGAGUGGAGAUCAAAGAUCCUAAAGCUGCAUCACCACAACCCCCUCCAUCUCCCCUCACAGCAGACCCCGCCCUCAUCUCUGAGAACAUUGACAUCACUGACUUCCUCCCUAAGCCUCCAAACCCUGACAGCCAGCAGGUGGACGCGGCCUUACAGGAGAUAGGAUCAGACUUACCUGAAGUGUGUCCAACAUCACAGUUGGUAGACUAUGACUUCAGUGCCCCCUUUAGUCCACUUGAGGGUAUCACCAGCCAAGCUCCUGCUCAGCCCCGGCCUCGCUGGGGGCCUACAGUUCAGCCCGACCACCCUUCUUUUUCUCACAUCGCAAUUGGAGAGAAUGUGUCUGAAGCUCAGGAGAGUGUCCCCAAAGCCAGCCCCUUUGGUCAAGCCACCAAAUCCAGCUUUCCUCUUGGCCAGUACACCUUAGAGGAGCCUCAGAAUACAUGUAAAGCAAGCACUUAUGGGCAUCCCUCUCAAGCCUCAGUGCAGCUAGUAGAUGGCAGUGGCUCAAAGAUGGAUAACAAGCUAGUGGAAGUUGCAUCUAUGACAGAACAGAAGACUGAAACAGUGAACUCAGAAAGUAAAGAAGAGAGUACUAAAGAAGUUGUGGUUGAUACUGGACCACCUGAUGGACGCACUCAAGAGACACGCUCAGAUAGUCAAGAUAAAGCCGGGGAUCUGGUUUCUUUGCCAAACAUUGAUGUCUCCAGUGCUGACAUUAAAGCUGGAGAGCCGCUUUCAGAUGCUGUUGCCACACAGCCUCUGUCAAACAUCUAUGGGCAUUCCUCCUCCGCUCACAUAAAGGUUGGGCAGUUUGUAUCAGAGGUAACUCCUCCUCUUCCUUCCCCCAGCACAUAUGGUCACUCCUCAGAUUCACACAUCAAGAUUGGAGCACAUGUUUCGGAGGUGGAUGCUCCUCUUCCCUCCCCGAGUGUUCACGGUCACUCCUCAGAUUCACACAUCAAGAUUGGAGCACAUGUUUCGGAGGUUGACGCUCCUCUUCCCUCGCCGAGUGUUCACGGUCACUCCUCUGAUGCUCACAUUAAAGUGGGAGAAAACGUUUCAGAUUUUGUCUCUCCCCUCCCCGCUCAAAACAUCCACGGUCACGCCUCAGAUUCCCACAUCAAAGUUGGCGAGCAUGUUUCAGAUGUAGCUGCCCCUCUCCCCUCUCCCAGUGUUCAUGGUCACAGCUCAGACGCCCACAUUAAAGUUGGAGAAAAUGUCUCUGAUUUUGUCGCAGCACUCCCCACUCAUAGCAUCCACGGUCACUCCUCUGAUGCGAAUAUAAAAGUAGGCGAGUUUGUGUCCAACAUUCCUGAAGAAAGGCUUCGUUCAAGUAAACACGGGCAUGCCUCAGACUGCAUCCUUCAACCAGGCUGUGUGGUGUCUGGAAAUGAACCUGCUUUGUUGGCUCUACCAGGCAGCUCUUACGGUCACUCGUCAGACUCUGCUCUGCAGAUCGGAUGUGUAGUUACAGGAGAAGUACCCAAACGCUCUCCUCUUCCUGGCAGUGCUCAUGGUCACUCAUCAGACUCAAACUUAGGCGUUGGAUGUGUUGUGUCCAAAGCUGAAUCCCUUCCAUCACCGCUACCAGGCAGCGCUUUCGGCCACUCCUCAGAUUCCACGUUGGGGGUGGGUUGUGUGGUGUUGGGGAUGGAACCACAAACCUCUGUACUUCCAGGCAGCGCGUAUGGCCACUCGUCAGACUCUUCACUUGGAGUCGGGUGUGUGGUGAAAAGCAAAAGUGGUGAAAUUCCGCAGAAGACAGAACAGAAGGAAGAUGGUAAAGACAGCCCUGGUGAGCAGCUGGCUGAGAGCAUGCAGUCUUGGGCAGCUGGCUUUGGUUUGUCACCUGGAGAGAAGUCCGAGCAGGACUACCUCCAGGCUUUGUCUGCACAGUACCAGGUGGAACACUACGAAGACUGCUACAACUUAAUGGCUUCGUCCCCCGAGUGUCAGCUACUGAAGCAGGUAACCCGGGGCCCCUGGGGCCUCCCAAUGGACCCCACGCUUCGCAGAGCCACAGACACCACCUCCAUCCAGCUCAGCGAGAUGGUCUCCUUGCCAGUUCUGAUCAAACACUCUGUCACCGUGCCGCUCAUCACACAUGUGUCUUUAGUGAACAAGGCCGUGGUGGACUACUUCUUCGUGGAGUUAGGGGUGGAGAGACACUUUGAGGCGCUGCGCCACUUCUUGCUGAUGGAGGACGGGGAGUUUGCUCAAUCCCUCAGUGAUCUGCUCUUUGAGAAGAUGGGCAGUGGACAGACCCCGGGCGAGCUCCUGACCCCUCUGGUCCUGAACUCCAUCCUCAGUAAGGCUCUGCAGUACAGCUUACACGGAGACACCCCCUUAGCUGGCAACUUCACCUUCGCCCUGCGCUUUUUCCCUGAGACCUUUCACCCACACGCCCCCGACUCCCUCAACUGUCUGGAACUGCGCUAUAAGGUGGACUGGCCGUUGAACAUCAUCAUCACGGACAGCUGCAUGAACAAGUACAACCGUCUGUUCUCGUUCCUGCUGCAGCUCAAACACAUGGUGUGGAGCCUCCGCGAGGUCUGGUUCCACCUCAAGAGAACAGCGCUGGUGAAAGGUGCCGGUCGCUCGGUGCAGUUCCGUCAGCUGCAGCUGUACAGACACGAGAUGCAGCACUUUGUGAAGGUGAUACAGGGCUACAUCGCAAACCAGAUCCUGCAAGUGUCCUGGAGCGAGUUCAUAGCUAAACUGGCCACCGCCAGUGACCUGGAUGCCAUCCACCGCACACAUGCAGACUACCUCAACAGAGCCAUCUUCAGGGGUUUGCUGACAGAAAAAGCUGCUCCGGUCAUGAAUAUCAUCCACAGCAUCUUCAGCCUGAUCCUCAAGUUCAGGGCCCAGCUGAUCGCACAGCCCUGGGACAGCCAGCAGGGGGAGGCAGUGCACCCAAGCUUCAUUGCAAUGCAACAGUCCUACAACACCUUCAAGUAUUACUCCCACUUCCUCUUCAAAGUGGUGACCAAACUGGUGAACAGGGGCUACCAGCCUCACUUAGAGGACUUCCUGCUUCGUAUUAACUUUAACAACUACUACAAAGACUCCUGAGAGGUGAACUGCUCUGUAUGUGACAUGAAGUAAGUCUAACCUCUACACAUUACAGAAGCUGUUAAUGAGAUACUUAUUCAAUGCAGCGUUGUGUCCCAUGAGAGCCUAUAUUUUUAAACCUUCCCGUGUGUGUAUAAGACAGAUGACGGAUAAUCAGAUACAUUUAAAUUAUCCAUUCUUUUAAAAAAAGAAUAGAACCCCUCCUGUGCUGUGUGUCAGGGCAUGGACUCUAUAUUAAGACCACUUUAGGAAAUUGAUGCCUGUAACUUCUUCUUGCCUCUACGUGCUUUAAAAUGGCUUGACUGCAACAGUUUGUGAAUGCAAUGAAGCUGACACCUGCUAUAAUGUCUGCUGUGCCUCCAGCUGUGUCGAUUUCAAGUGUCAAUGAUAUGUAAAUAAAAGAGCUAAAAGCUUUCUCUAAUGAA